AUGUUCCAACGUGGUUAUCGUCUGCGCAUACCUUCUGGCGGCAACCAACACUCAAGAUCACCUUCACGAGCAGAGCAAUUGCUGAGGCCACAGUCGAACCCAGGAACUCCAGGGGCAAGAUCCAUAGGAAGGAGUACUAUGCCUGACCCUGGCAGCAGAAGCUCAUCCAACUAUCUGUCUGCUGGAGGGCAUGGAAAUACUUCCCGUUCCCCGAACCAUCGAUCUACAACUCCAAGCGGUGAUGGCCCAGCGGUACCUGGCCUUGAAGUCCAGCCCCCCUCUAGUCCAACGUCAUCGUUGGAUGAGCCAAUCAGCACCGCAACGUAUGCCAAGAAGAUGUGCGAAGACAAUGAUGUCCCUACCGGAGACGUCAUGUGUUUCAUCGAUUCUGGCGACAUUUUCUUUAUGCUCAUAGACCUGAAAAUUACUCUUAUCAAACUUUGCGAGGGAAAUAGGGCGAAGAGAAUGCAGGAAUUGAAGGAUGCCUUAGAAUUGAAGGACUUCGAGAAGAAUGGGCUAUAUAACUGUUUAUUUGCAUGUAUGCUGUCGCCAAAUAUCACAGCAUAUGUUACUGAUACGCAGCAUCAUAUAAUGGACUUCAUUACCACUCAUUCCGAUGUCUUCAAAAUCCCUCCUGGAAUGCUUGAGGAUGUCGAACUCAGAGCUCAGUUGGGCAAAUCAGUCACAAAGCUACUUACAGGCAUUCGGAGUGUCAUCAAGAAUGCCGUAUGUCUCGCUACUUUGUUGAUGUUGUAA